UCAACCCGACUUUUAAUGGCCGAUAUUUUCCUCCCCCUUGGAAAACAGGAUAUAUUAGAAAACGAGCAGAUCAAAUUGGAUCGAGUGUUCCGUGGAUCGUUGAUCCACGAUAUCGUGCGAGGGAUGGUGUAUCUUCACGCGUCCGAGGUGAAGAGCCACGGGAAUCUGAAAUCGUCCAACUGCGUGGUCGAUUCACGCUUCGUCCUUAAGAUCGCCGACUUUGGAUUGCACGAGCUGAGGAGGCCUACUUACUGCGGGGCGGAAGUCGAAAAGAACAAUUACGCGUUUUGGAAGGGGCAGCUGUGGACGGCACCGGAAUUAUUGCGAGUGGAAAGGCGGCCACCCGAGGGCACUCAGAAGGGCGAUGUGUACAGUUUCGCCAUAAUCGUUCACGAGAUCGUGGUACGCCAGGGACCAUUUUACUUGGGCGACGAUUACAACUUUUCUCCCCAAGGUAAGUCUUCGCAUAUGUUUUUUAUAUAUUCACAUAUGUUUUUCUAGUAUAUUCAAUAUAUUCGAGUAAUCUCGCGUACGUGCAUACACGUAUAUUCCUUCUUCUUUACUUUUUCAACCGAAUUAACUAUGAAAAAAGAAAAAAAAAAAAAAAAAAAAAAAAAAAAGAAUCAACCGACCGAUCGAGCGAACGAUCGGUAAGGGAGUUUCUAAGAGCAGUAGUUUCGUAUCGACCGCGAUGCGACACGUCGCGACGACGCGAUGGUGGUGGUCGGGUGGGUACAACGAGAGAAACGAUAAAAACGAAACGAGACGGAGGACGGGCGGCUCGUAGGAGAAGGGAAAAUGGCUGGUUGGAACGGAGUUAUGACGCCUGGUCGGAUCAAUCGGUAACGAAGUUUACGAGCAUUCGCAACCUCGGUUUUCGCGGACGCCAGGAUCGAUGAAAGGAUGGAACGUGCCACAAGUAGGCUGGGAACGUUUCGAGACCGGGGUUGAAAGCUCAGUCGAAGCUUUCACGCGUCCUGGAACGUACCACGGCCUUCGCCACGCGCGUGCUUCCUCGUCGCUUCUCCGUUUUCCUCCUCCCUUUCUCCCGAAUCCACGUUAACCACGUUCUCUCUCUUUCUCUUUCUCUCUCUCUCUCUCUAUCUCUAUCUCUCUUUCUUUCUCACUCUCUUCCACCGUUUCGACCUUGUUUUUCUCGUAUAUGGAUACGAAGAGGAGGAUCGUGUGUGACGACGACACGUGAAAUUCGAGAGAGAGACACUAGAGAAUAUUCUGUGGUACGGCGAACCGUGGGGUCAGGACCUCGGUUAAGUCGGUCUGACCACCACCAUGGUUUAAUUAACCGUGUCAACCCUUCGAGGAAGGACGCGUGUGCGUGUGUCUAUGUGUGUGUGUGUGUGGCGCGCGCGCGUGUGCCUUUCUGCGUGGCUGCGUGCCUCGAUUGUUUGCGUGUCUGCUGCUGCUGCGUGGCUGCAUGCCUGCGUCCGACUACGCGCUUGUGUUUACCAAUCGCUCGACCGUUCCAUUUACGCGGCCCGAUUUUCCUUUUUGCUCGAUAUUCGACUCCUACACCCCCUUCUUGCCGCCCUUCCACAACACUCUCUUCCCCCUCCGCGCCCUUGUUGUGACUUUCUCUCUCUCUCUCUCUCUCCCCCCCUCCCUCUCUUUCUCGUCUACUCAUCUCUCUCCCCCUGUGCCCGCUUUUUCGAACCCAAUUACCCUGAUUUCGUAUCCAGUGAUCCGACGAUUAAUUGAUUACUUCGUACGGAACGAAAACUAUA